UCAUGCUGCUGCCAUGGUCUAGAGUCUCUCAUGGGUCCCUGUAACGGCCUCCCAUUGCUGCCUGUCUCCAUCGCCACACUUGCCCAUGUGCCACUUUCAGGUCUCCUCACACACUGACUGGUGUGUAGAAUUUUUUGACAUAGGGUGCUGGCAGAUUACGGGCCUCCCAUAGCUGCUGCCAGGCCCCUAAUCUGCCAUGGGCCCCUAUAUACCGCCUCCUCAUGCUGCUGCCAGGUCCAGAGUCUCUCAUGGGUCCCUGUACGGCCUCCCAUUGCUGCUGUCUCCAUCGCCACACUCUGCCAUGUGCCACUUUCAGGUCUCCUCACACACUGUGGUGUGUAGAAUUUUUUGAC